UCACCAUUUCAACCGUGUCCAUAAUCGGCAACGAACUUGAUUCAUCACGCAAGAGAAGACUCUCGUCUCAAUCCAAAUCCACAUCAAUUCCGUUUAUGAUCAUCAUCUCGGUGGUGGCGCGUGCACUUCACUCACUUCAUCGCCGUCGCAGACCCCAUGGAAUCACCAGGCGAUAACUUACGCGACACAUCAGUGGUAGUGGUGACGCUAGAUUCCGACGAGGUCUACAUAAUCGCCAGCCUCAGCACCCGCACCGACACCCAGGUCAUCUCCGUCGACCCCACCACCGGCGCACUCCGCUACGAGGCCAAGCGCGGCUACGAUCUCUUCACCUCGCAGAAGGAAGCCUACGAUUCCGUCACCAACGGUUCCCGAUAUGGUUGCAAGGCGAGGAUUCUCGGCAGGGCGAUACUCGGCUACGCCGCGCUCGGGAACCUCGCUCUGCUGCUAAUCGCGACGAGGCUCACUGCCGGCGUUGGGUUGCCUGGCGGUGGGUGUGUUUACACGGUGGCGGAGUGCCAGUGGAUUAAGAUCCCACUGCAGAACGCGAUGCCUCAGGGGAAGGGUGAGGUUAAGAAUGCGAUUGAACUCACGGAGCUUGAUAUUGAUGGGAAGCAUUAUUUCUGUGAGACGAGAGAUGUGACCCGGCCUUUUCCGAGCAGGAUGCCGGUGGAUCAACCCGACCCGGAGUUCGUCUGGAACGCGUGGCUUUCUGCGCCGUUUGGCAGUAUCGGGUUGCCGCGGCACUGCGUCACUCUCCUGCAGGGGUUUGCAGAAUGUCGAAGUUUUGGAAGCUCAGGUCAACAAGAAGGUGUUGUUGCUCUUAUAGCUCGUAGGAGCAGGCUACACCCGGGUACUCGGUACUUGGCGAGGGGGAUAAAUUCAUGUUACAGUACAGGAAACGAAGUGGAAUGUGAGCAACUUGUAUGGGUUCCUAAACGAGCUGAUCAAAGUGUACCUUUCACCACUUACGUGUGGCGUAGAGGCACAAUUCCUAUCUGGUGGGGUGCAGAACUAAAAAUCACUGCUGCUGAAGCUGAAAUUUAUGUUUCAGAUUCUGAUCCUUAUAAAGGAAGUGUGCAGUAUUAUCACAGACUGAGCAAGAGAUAUGAUGCUCGGAAUCUAAAUAUACGCGCUGGUGAGAAUUCAAACCGAAAAGCUUUGGUUCCCAUUGUAUGCAUGAACUUGCUUCGAAAUGGAGAAGGGAAGUCAGAGUGCAUUUUGGUUCAGCAUUUUGAGGAGUCUUUGAACUUUGUUAGAUCAAGUGGGAAGCUUCCAUAUACUCGGGUCCAUUUGAUAAAUUAUGACUGGCAUGCCAGUAUAAAAUUAAAAGGUGAGCAGCAGACAAUUGAAGGGCUAUGGAAACAUCUAAAAGCACCCACUAUAUCCAUAGGCAUAUCUGAAGGAGAUUAUUUGCCUUCACGACAACGAAUAAAUGAUUGUAGAGGUGAAGUCAUCUGCACUGAUGAUUUCAAAGGUGCAUUCUGCUUAAGAACACAUCAAAACGGGGUAGUGCGUUUUAACUGUGCUGAUUCUCUGGACAGGACCAAUGCUGCUAGUUUUUUUGGCUCCCUCCAGGUCUUCAUGGAGCAAUGUAGACGGCUGGCAAUAUCACUUGAUAGCGAUCUGGCAUUUGGUUAUCAGUCUAUGAAUAAUAAUUAUGGUGGAUAUAUUGCUCCACUGCCACCUGGGUGGGAGAAGAGAUCUGAUGCAGUGACAGGUAAAACAUAUUUUAUCGACCAUAACACCAGAACCACCACAUGGAAUCAUCCAUGUCCUGAUAAACCAUGGAAGAGAUUUGAUAUGACGUUUGAGGAGUUCAAGAGAUCAACAAUUCUGUCUCCGGUAUCUCAACUAGCUGACCUUUUUCUACUUGCUGGGGAUGUUCAUGCAACUCUUUACACUGGAUCCAAAGCAAUGCACAGCCAAAUACUUAGCAUAUUCAAUGAAGAUACAGGAGGAAAGUUUAAGCAGUUUUCUGCUGCACAAAAUGUGAAAAUCACUUUGCAAAGAAGAUAUAAAAAUGCAGUUGUGGACAGCUCUCGUCAAAAGCAGUUAGAAAUGUUUCUUGGAAUGAGGCUUUUCAAGCAUCUUCCAUCAAUUUCUCUUCAACCUCUACAUGUACCAUCUCGGCCGUCUGGUUUAGUUCUCAAGCCAGUUCCAAAUUUAUUUCCCAUUUCUGGUGGUGAAGCUAGUCUUCUGAGUUUCAAGAGAAAAGAUGUAACCUGGAUUUGUCCACAGCCUGCAGAUGUAGUUGAAAUCUUUAUUUAUCUUGGUGAGCCUUGCCAUGUUUGUCAGCUUCUUCUCACAAUAUCCCAUGGUGCAGAUGAUUCAACCUAUCCAUCAACAGUUGAUGUACGGACAGGACGCCAUUUAGAUGGGCUUAAACUGGUCUUGGAGGGUGCUUCUAUACCACAAUGUGCUAAUGGGACCAAUCUAUUAAUACCUUUACCUGGGCCAAUCAGUUCAGAAGAUAUGGCUAUAACUGGAGCAAGCUCUCGUCUACAUGCCCAAGAUGUGCCACCCUUGUCAUUACUUUAUGAUUUUGAGGAACUUGAGGGAGAGUGGGAUUUCCUUACUCGUGUUGUGGCGCUAACCUUUUAUCCUACUGUUUCUGGAAGAAAACCCUUUACCCUUGGUGAGAUUGAAAUCCUUGGAGUUUCUCUUCCUUGGAGGGAUGUAUUUACUAAUGAAGGCCCUGGUACAAGAUUAAUUGAGCAUGUCAAGAAGUUUCAAGAGGAGGUUAAUCCCUUUUUAUCUGGUUCAGAUAUAAAUCCAUUUAAUCCUUCGUCAACAGGAAAUGUGUCCCCACCUGAGCAAGGAGGCACUUCUGCGGACCUAUUGAUUGACCUCCUAUCUGGAGAGGACCCACUUCCACACCCGCUUGCACAACCAGUUACUGAAAAUGUUGUCUACGAGGAAAGUGAUCCACUUGAUUUCUUAGACCAAAGUGUUGAAUGUCAUAGUGCCAAAACUGAUAGUAAAAAUUCAUUAGAAGGUUCAAGAUCGUCAGAUAAUAGCGCUGAACAAUAUUUAAAAUGCCUGAGAUCUCUUGCCGGGCCAAAUUUGCAAAGAAAACUUGACUUCAUUGAAGCCAUGAAACUUGAAAUUGAACGCCUUAAGUUGAAUCUUUCUGCUGCUGAAAGGGAUAGAGCCCUACUAUCUGUUGGAAUGGAUCCUGCAAUCAUAAAUCCUAAUACACUGCUCGAUGAAGCUUACAUGGGAAGAUUAUCAAAAAUUGCAAGUAAUCUUGCCCUGCUUGGAGAAGCUUCACUUGAAGAUAAACUUAUUGCUGCUAUUGGUCUUGAGACUGCUGAUGAUAAUCCAAUAGAUUACUGGAAUAUUAUUGGAAUUGGGGAAAUCUGUUCUGGUGGCAAGUGUGAGGUGCGCGCUGAUAUAAAAAAGGCAGUGCAUCCAAGUAACGCAAUGUCAUCUUCUGGGGCUUCAGUACCUAUAUACUUGUGUUCUCAGUGUGAAAGGAAGGUUUGUAGAGUUUGCUGUGCUGGGAGAGGGGCACUUCUACUUGGAGGAUAUAACUCAAGAGAGACAAUGAAUUACAAUGGUACAUCAAGCCAAAGUGGCCAAAUUGACUUGCCAAUAAAUCGUUUAUUAGCUCGGGAUGGUAUAAUUUGUAAAAGAUGCUGCCAGGAUAUUGUGCUUGAUGCAUUGAUUUUGGACUAUGUGAGGGUUCUGAUUAGCUUACGAAGAAUAGACCGUGUGGAAAAGGCUGCUUACAAUGCUUUGAAGCAAAUCAUUGGAUCAUCCUGGGAUUGUCUUCUGGAAAAGAAUCAGGUCUCUGAUAGUCAGUCAGCUGGCGAAGCAGUACAGCUGUUACUGAAUGGAUAUGAAUCCCUGGCUGAAUUUCCUUUUGCCAGCUUUUUACACCCGGUCGAAACAUCAGCAAAUUCUUCUCCUUUUUUGUCUCUGCUUGCUCCAUUUACUUCUGGUUCACGACUAUCUUAUUGGAAAGCUCCAUCUAGUACCACCUCUGUUGAAUUUGGUAUCGUCCUUGGUAACGUUUCUGACGUUAGUGGGGUUAUAAUGAUAGUCAGCCCAUGUGGCUACUCAAUGGCGGACACUCCAAUUGUGCAAAUUUGGGCAAGUAAUAAAAUACACAGGGAAGAAAGAUCAUUAAUGGGAAAAUGGGAUCUACAAUCUAUGAUUAAAGCUUCAUCAGAAUUAUAUGGACCUGAAAAGUCAGGAGCAGAACAUAAAUUGCCUAGACAUGUGAAGUUUCCCUUCAAGAAUUCUGUUCGGUGCCGCAUAAUUUGGAUAAGUUUACGCCUUCAACGACCUGGCUCAAGUUCUAUAAGUAUUGGAAGCGAUCUCAAUCUGUUGUCUCUUGAUGAGAACCCUUUUGCACAAGAAACUCGACGGGCCUCUUUUGGAGGAACUGCUGAAAGCGAACCCUGUCUUCACGCCAAGAGGAUUUUGGUGGUUGGAAGCUCCAUCAGAAAGGAAGUUGAUCUCAAGCCACAGCAAAGCCCCGACCAGUUGAACCUGACAGGGUUGUUGGAAAGAGCUCCCCAAUUAAAUAGGUUUAAGGUUCCAAUUGAGGCUGAAAGAUUGGUGGACAAUGAUGUUGUCCUUGAGCAAUAUCUGUCUCCUGCUUCUCCCUUGCUUGCUGGAUUUCGUCUAGAUGCCUUUAGUGCAAUAAAGCCUCGAGUUACCCAUUCACCUUCUUCAGAUGUACAUAGCAAAAACUUUCCAUCACUCUUGGACGAUAGAUAUAUCACUCCACCGGUAUUGUAUAUACAAGUAUCUGUUCUCCAGGAUCCCCAUAGCAUGAUAACCAUUGGUGAGUACCGAUUACCGGAGGCCAGGGCUGGAACACCCAUGUACUUUGAUUUCCCUAGGCAGAUACAAACUCGCAGAAUUUCAUUCAAACUACUUGGAGAUGUUGCUGCUUUUACAGAUGACCCAUCAGAACAAGAUGAUUCUGGUACUAGAAUUUCUCCAUUGGCGUCAGGGCUAUCUUUAUCCAAUAGAAUUAAAGUGUAUUACUAUGCUGAUCCCUAUGACCUUGGGAAAUGGGCUAGCCUGGCUGCAGUUUAAUUACACGCCAUGUCAGUACUUUGGUUGUUGAAAUUGAUUGAUUUGUAUAAACUUUUCUUUUUCACAUUUUUGUUGUAUUAUGCUGUGUAAAUUUAAUUCAUUGAUGUAAUUGUAGAAUGAUGAUGUUAGGAACACUAGUUAUGUUAUUUCUAUCCACUUGUGGUUAGCUUGGAAAGGUGAGUGUUUGGAUUGAGGUUGGAGGUUCAAUUACAGUAGUUGUCUACCGAAAAGAGGAAUUUCAUUUUUGACUCA